UGCAUGCGAGACCAAUCGCUAUCGCAUUCUGCAGCACGAUAUCUAUCGAUAUCUAAAUUAUUAAAAAAACGGCAAGCAAAAUAAGGUUAAAAAAAGUUAGAGAGAAUAUAAAGAACGAUAACGUUAAAUUAUCGACGAAUGCCGCGCUGUUACAUGGAAACUAUCGCAAGUGAGAAUCGCACACACGCCACAACAAGCAACAUGGUCGACUAUGGCGAGUGGCGUCUAUGGACAAGACGUUUGUUGCUGUUUACUAGUUAAAUUGAAAACGAUUUAUUAAUAAAGCUGCAAUCAGUUUAAUCGCAAAAUGGCACAAGCAAAACUUAAUAUACCGGAGAAAUCCGGUGGUACGCUUAAGGAAAAAGACAAGGAUGCUGAGGAAAAGGAAGGUCGUACUACUGUGCCAGAAUGUGCAGUAUGUCUACAGCCUUGCAUUCAUCCAGCAAGAUUACCCUGUAGUCAUAUAUAUUGCUACCUGUGUGUAAAGGGUGUUGCAAAUCAAAGUAAACGCUGUCCAAUGUGCCGUCAAGAGAUUCCACCAGAUUUCCUUGAAAGGCCUCAGUUGGUAGAGAUUGAAGAAACACAAAAAGAAUCAGAACAUUCAGAAGAAGAGUACCAAUGGUUCUAUGAAGGUCGAAAUGGUUGGUGGCAAUAUGAUGAGCGGACGAGUAUCGAGUUAGAAACGGCAUAUAAGCAGGGCAGAAGAAAUUGUGAGCUACUAAUUGCAGGAUUUCUUUAUAUUGCCGAUUUCGGCUCUAUGCUACAGUUGCGUAGAAACGAUCCUUCUAGACGAAGAAGAAUUAAAAGGGAUCUGUACAAUGUUCCAAGGAAAGGUGUUGCUGGGUUACGGCUCAAUGUACAAGAUGAGGAAAUUGUGAGAGAGAUAAGAGGCGCAGAACGUCCAGCUAGUCCUGCGAGUGAUAGUAUGGGUACAGGAGAUGGAACAAAUACCCCCAUACCACCUAGCAAUACACCGCAAACACCUGCAGGUGGGACGGCGAGUGGCGAUGCUACACCUCUAAACGAUAGGAUAGAUCAAAGAUCAGAAUCUUUGCAUCAAGUUCUAGAGCAAAUGCGUUCACUUGUUUUAAGAGAGCAUUUAUCUCUAAGCAGUGAUAACGAGGAAGAUACGGAGGAUUUGGCAAUUCCGGAUCAUGCUGCUCUCUCAUAGCUACAAAUGUUAAAAGCAUAUUCGUCAGAGACAGUGAUAAAGUCAGAGACGUGUUUAAGAAUCUCCAUCUUGUUUCCAAGCUCUCCAUCGUGAUGUUUCAAGCAUUCAGCUCAACAAGAUAGUAUAAUAUACGCAUAUUCACGAUAUUACGUUUGCUAUGAGCGUAACAAUGUACAAACUUUAUUAAUCUAGCGAACAGCAUUGCUCAAUUACAAGACGUACGAGAAAUCGUUACAAUUUAGUUACAAUUAAGUCUUUCAAUCUCUAAAUCGUUAUUUUUAUUCAGUGUAUUAAAUCAAGUAAUUUUUUUUUCUUGCUUUUAAAAAAGUCUUUAAUUAUACUUGAUGUUUGAUAAAUCGAAAUGAAUAUUAUUGUCGUGAUAAUAGUGAAUGAGAAUUUCCUCUAUGAUUAGGAAAGAAGUAGAUCUAUGUAUAUUUAUAAUUUAUCUUAUAAUUUAUGAUAUAUUUCAUUACUCGCUGAAAUGUAAUUGAUGUACUUAAGACCGUGACUCGUUUUGAGAAUUAUUAUGUUAUGUAACAGUAAUAUAUAUCUCGUACAUUGGAAGAAAAUAAUAUAAAAUAAGAUUGAAAUAUACUACAGUCGUUCAGACAUAUUAAAGUUUCUAAUAAAAAUGUGUUCAUGCCACAAAGGCGUAUAGAGAGCGUGAAAUAUAACGAGAAAACGAAAAAACAUUUAUUCUUAUGAUAAGAUUGAGUGCAAUACGCAAUAAUCAAUAAUUGCUGAUUUCAAACGAACUCUCUGACUCUCAAUGUUCAGAAUUCUGAAGUUAUCGUCGUCUUUCUUAUAUUGCACAUAGAAAUAAAAAAAAAAUAUCAACCGUCA